AUGGCACCCAAGGCCGCCACCGAAACCGAGUGGGAUCACCAGUUCCACACUCUGCGCCGCGAGAACCUCUUCCGAAACCCUCCCAAGGAUCACAGCGCCUACCCUGCUCUCCAAGAAGCCGUCGAUCCCCAUCUUCAGUCCUUCAAUGCUAUAUUCCGCGACGAUGGCAAGCCUGGUCUGUUGACGCACGGCUUAGCCGACAUUGGCAGCAAAACUUUCCUCGAUGGCGACGACCGCGCUCCCACUGCUGGCAGGAACACUAUUAGCAUUCGAUACAAGGAUGUCUUUCUCCAGAAGCCUCAGAUUCCCCCUUCUAAUAAGAUGGCACGAAACCGUCAGAUCUUCCCCUCCGAGUGCAGAGAGCGUCAUGUCACAUACAGAGGAAAACUCUCCGCUACUCUAGAGUAUCGAGUUAACGGCGGUGACCCGAUCGAGUUUACUCGAGAAUUCGGUCAGGUGCCCGUCAUGGUCAAGUCAAACAGAUGCCAUCUUGAAGGCAACUCGCCCGCACUGCUUGUUGAGAGAAAAGAGGAGUCCGAGGAGCUUGGAGGUUACUUUGUUGUUAACGGUAUCGAGAAGAUCAUUCGAAUGCUGCAGUUGAACAAGCGAAACUUUCCCAUGGCCAUCAACCGGCCUAGUUUCCAGAACCGUGGCCCUGGUUACACUCCCUACGGUAUCAUUCUCCGUGCGGUCCGUCCCGACGAGACUUCUCAGACCAACGUUCUUCACUACCUCAACGAUGGCAACAUGACCUUCCGUUUCUCAUGGCGCAAGAACGAAUACCUUAUUCCCGUUAUGAUGAUUCUUAAGGCCCUGGUGGAGACCAACGAUCGCGAAAUUUACGAGGGACUCAUUGGUCCUGCCGGUUCCAAGUCUACCGAGAACACUUUCCUUACGGACCGAAUCGAGCUUCUGCUACGCACGUACAAGUCCUACAACCUCUACAGCAAGUCGGACACCCGAGCAUUCUUGGGUGAGAAGUUCCGUGUCGUUCUUGGAGUUCCAGACACUAUGACCAACUACGAGGUUGGUACCGAGUUCUUGCGAAAGAUUGUCCUGGUUCAUCUCGGUAACGUUGAUGUUACCGAGGAGCAAGACAUUGAGAAGUACAAGCUGCUGCUCUUCAUGAUUCGAAAGCUCUAUGCGCUCGUUGCUGGAGAAUGUGCUGUCGACAACCCCGAUGCCCUCCAGAACCAGGAGAUUUUGCUUGGUGGUUUCCUUUACGGACAAAUUCUCAAGGAAAGACUCGACGAGUUCCUCAGCGUCAAUGUCCGUGCAUCCCUACGAGACUACCUUCGAAGAAACCCUGCUGUAUCAUUCGCCUCCGAGGACUUCCGCAAAGAGUUCCCCAACAACAUUUUCCGCAAGGCCAACGAAAACCUUGGUAACGCUCUGGAAUAUUUCCUGUCAACAGGUAACUUGCAGAGCCAGUCGGGUCUCGACUUGCAACAAACGGCUGGUUUCACAGUUGUGGCCGAAAAGCUCAACUUCCUACGAUUUAUCGCCCAUUUCCGCAUGGUCCAUCGUGGUGCUUUCUUCGCUCAACUGAAGACAACAGCUGUACGAAAGCUGCUUCCAGAGUCAUGGGGUUUCAUGUGUCCAGUCCACACACCUGAUGGUGCUCCUUGUGGUCUCCUCAAUCAUCUUUCGCACAAAUGCUCCAUUAUGACGUCUCAAGUCGACGUAUCUAACAUCCCACACCUUGCUGCCUCACUGGGAGUUGUUGAUGUCUCUUCUGCCUCAACUGACGAGAAUGUUCCCGUAUUGUUGGAUGGCAGAGUCCUCGGAUACUGUACUCCCAAGGAGUCUAUCAGGAUUGCCGACUGCUUCCGAUACUGGAAGGUGGAGGGCACCCACGGAGUUCCCCUGCAACUCGAGAUCGGCUACGUCCCUCCUUCCGGAGGCGGUUCUUAUCCCGGUAUCUACAUGACUUCGACACCCGCGAGAAUGGUGCGCCCUGUGAAGUACCUUCCUCUGCAGAAGGAGGAUUGGGUCGGUCCGUACGAGCAGCCCUACAUGAGCAUCGCCGUCGUGGAUCAGGAAAUCGAGUCCGGCAAGUCAACUCACGUUGAGUUUGAUAUUACCAACAUCUUUUCGAUCUUAGCCAAUAUGACGCCCUUCUCGAACCAAAAUCAAUCGCCAAGAAAUAUGUACCAGUGUCAGAUGGCCAAACAGACGAUGGGAACUCCCGGUACUGCUUCAAAAUACCGAGGAGAUAACAAGAGUUAUUUGAUUCAAACAGGACAAACACCGAUCGUUCGAUCACCACUCCACAACACUUACGGCUUCGAUAAUUUCCCCAAUGGGUUCAACGCUGUCGUCGCGGUAAUCUCGUAUACUGGAUACGACAUGGACGACGCAAUGAUUCUCAACAAGAGUGCUCACGAGCGUGGAUUCGGUCAUGGUACUAUCUACAAGACAAAGAAGAUUUCACUUAAGGACGAUUCUCGAACGAAAGCUACCAAGAGUGUCACCAAGGCCUUUGGAUUUGCCCCUCACAGCUAUGUGAGUUCCCACCACCAAGGCAUGUUAGACGACGAUGGCCUGCCUCAUGUUGGUCGUCUAAUUCAAGAGGGAGACGUCAUCUGUGCCUGGCACACCGUGACUCCUGAUUACAAUGGCAAACUGGUGAACCUGGAUGGCGUCACCCAUUACGAAAAGUACAAGGAUUCGGAGGAAGGUUUCAUCGACAAGGUGACACUUAUUGGCGCCGAGUCUGGUAACGAGCCCCUCCAGACAAUCUCUGUCAAGUUCAGAAUUCCCCGAUCGCCCAUUGUCGGCGACAAGUUCUCCUCCCGUCACGGACAGAAGGGUGUUGCUUCACAGAAGUGGCCAACAAUGGAUCUGCCAUUCUCUGAGACCGGUAUCUCUCCUGAUAUCAUUAUUAACCCCCACGCCUUCCCCUCACGACUUAGGUUUGUCGAAAGUUUAGCAGGCAAGGCUGGUGCGCUGCACGGUAUUGCACAAGACGCAACCCCGUUCAAAUUUGAUGAAGAAAACACGUCGGGAGAUUACUUUGGUCACCAGCUGAUGAAGGCCGGCUACAAUUACCAUGGAAACGAGCCCAUGUACUCAGGAAUCACUGGAGAGGAGCUGCAUGCGGACAUCUACAUCGGACUCGUCUACUAUCAGCGACUACGACACAUGGUGAACGAUAAAUACCAGGUGCGAACCACAGGCCCCGUCGUACCGACGACUGGUCAGCCUAUCAAGGGUCGAAAGAGAGGUGGUGGUAUUCGUGUCGGAGAAAUGGAGCGUGAUGCUCUUUUGGCACACGGAACUGCUUUCCUGCUUCAGGAUCGUUUGCUCAACUGUUCCGAUUACUCCAAAUCAUGGAUCUGCCGCCGAUGUGGUUCGUUCCUUUCUGUGCAGCCUACAGUGUCACACUUUGCCCCGAGCAAGAAGAAGGCUGCAAGUAUCGUGCGAUGCCGUGCUUGCGCGAUCAAGCUCGAUGAUACGGAAGGCAUCGACUUAACUGAGGUGGCUGGUGAGAUCUGGGAAGAUGGACAUGGUAACUCUUGGGUCGGUGGUGACCAAACUACGCAGGUUGUCGUUCCUGGUGCGCUCAAGUACCUCGAUGUGGAGCUCGCUGCGAUGGGUGUGAAGCUCAAGUAUAAGGUGGAGCGCAAUGACGAGCCGAGAAAGGGCCCUAUGAAGCCCAUGGCGUUGGAUGGAGUUCGGGUUGGAAAAUAG